AUGGUGGUCUCCAUAAUUGCUACAGCACUUCUUGCACUCGGCUUGCAAGACUCAAUCAUGGACAGUAUGUCAAAUGGUAGUAUACCAUGGAAUGUCGUAGAACUCGUCUAUUCGUUUAUUCUUGCGAUAUUAAGUGUGAUAUGUGUAUGGUUAUCAUUUGGAUUUGCCAAUCGACAUCUAGGUGGCACAUCGGCAGGCUACGUUGCAGCUGGCUUGUUCUAUAUCGUGCAUGCUUCGCUCUAUGCCAUUCCAUGUGCCAUGAUCUACGACUCUGUACAUACCAACGGAAUCGACUCCACUCCAAUCAGAAACAUUCAGCCUGCACACCCUUUCCGUGAUGCUCCAUAUCAAGAUCUUUGA